AUGGACCCCGAUACACCCUCCGACACGAGUGAUCGUGGAAUUCGUCGAGCCACAAACUACAUGGAUUGGCGUCGACGUCUUAUUGGUCGUCUUGUUUCCAAGGCUGUGCAUCUUUGCGCAUCUUUGCGCAUCAAGGCCGUUGAGCGCCGCUGCGGAGGCCGUUCUUCAGGUCGCAAUCGACGAUCGAUCGCGCGGCUUCCACUCGCCACUCGAGCGGCUCGACUUCGCAUCUAUGGACGUGAAGAUCGCCAAGGAGCGUUCGGAGUCAUUUGCAGCCCCUGCUAUGGUUGCGAUGACCACCCACCAUUCCCUUUACCUUGCUGGUUCGUCCUCGAGAGCUCCCGAUACCGAUUUCGUUUGGAUCGCGGAUACCGGAGCUGGUCACCACUUCGUUGGCGAUCGCUCGCUGCUCUCGGACUUCAAAGAAUCCCCGAUGCAAGUCCAGUUGGCCGACAAUUCGCUUGGUCAAGCCACUGGAUACGGGCGAAUGUCUGUUAAGACUUCGCAAGGUCUCGUUCUCGAGUUCAAGGAGAUGUAUUGCCUCCCUGGAUCGAAGUAUGGUCUCAUCUCAAUGUCGUCGCUCCGCGCUGGAGGCGCGAAAUUGGUUUAUGGCCAUGGGGGAGAUACUCAACAGGUUUGGCUUGACGGCUCUCUCGUCGCCGAAACUGUCAAGACGAAGGCCAAGAAACCAAGUUACGUCUUCGAUUUUGAGAUCGUUCCCCCACCCUCGCCUGUGCUCGUCGCCACUACCCGUGCCUCCGUUGGAGCUUCGCUCAUGGAAUGGCAUCGGAAAUUCGGACACAUGGCACCUUCAUCAAUUCUUCGUCUCGUCAAUUCCAAGGCUGUCGUUGGGAUUCGUCUACUCGACAAGAAGAUUGAAGACUGUGAGCCGUGCAUUAUCGCGAAGGCGCGCGCGGGCCCUCACAAUCAUGUCAGUCGAAAACCCGAACAUGUUCUUCAACGGGUUUCGAUCGAUCUGGGAUUCGUCAACGAUGACGAUACCAAAGGACGAUCCAUCUACAUGGUUAUCGUCGACCAACUUUCAACCUAUAAGUGGGCUUUUCCACUUGGUUCGAAGUCGGCAUCCGAAGUCCUCGAGGUCUGGCGCGGCUUUCAAGCGCAGGUCGAGAGGCAGUCCGGUCAGAAGAUCAAGUUUGUUCGUUCUGACAAUGGAGGCGAGUUCGUCAACCAACUCUUUGGCGACGAAUUCAGGGCACUUGGCAUCACCCAUGAACUGGCUGCACGCUACACGCCGCAGCAGAAUGGUCAAGCGGAGCGCGCGAACGGCUCUCUCUUCGCGCUCGUCCGUGCCAUGCUCAAGGACUCCGGACUUCCCAAGAAGUAUUGGUCUUACGCAAUGGAAGCGGCUGUUUUCGUUUCCAACCGCGGUCCUCACCCGCAUCUCAAGGGCAAGACUGCGUUCGAGGUCUUCUUCGGCAAGCAACCCGACGUUUCGCAUCUUCGCGCGUUCGGAUCUACUGCCUACAUUCUCGUCCCCAAGGCGAUUCGUAAGAAGCUCGAUGACCAUACUGUCAAGGGUACUUUCCUCGGCUAUUCGGGGGAGUACAACUACAAGGUUCGCAUCGAACACGGUCGGUCUUUCAAGAUCGUCGUCUCUUCCGAUGUCACCUUCUCCGACAAGGCUCCUUCGAUCGCGGACUCGGCUGUCGAGCCUCGCAUCUACGAAGUUGAACCUCUACAGGAAUACGAGUUAGUACACCAACUGCCGUUUCCUGGCUUGGAGCAGAUUCCGGCUUUACGGCCUGCUCCCAUUCCUGAGGCAGGUUUGGCUUUUCAGCCUGCGCUCUUUCCCGAGGCAGAUCCGGCUUUACGGCCUGCGCUCGUACCCGAGCUUGGUCCGGCUUUUCGGCCAGCUCCCGCUCCUCUUCUUCGUUUCCAACAUAUGGACGAUGACGACGUUGCUCCUCCUCCUUUACCGGCUGUCGGCCCGUUGGCCGAAGACGCUGAAGUUGAAGAGGACCCGAUCGAUCAUCGACGCGAGGAAGCAGUUGAGGCUAUCGACAGUGACGAUGACGACGGCCCUGCGGAACACGAUCAACCAUUACCUCCUGAGGAUGGUUACGAGUAUCGACCUUACCGUGUCGGCCGCAACCCUGGUGCGCUCGAGAACGUCGAUGCAGGCAAUAUUUUACCGACUCGCCUGCGUGCUCAGCGUCGUGCAGACGCCCUUCGUGUCGUGUCUACUCGCUCGGUCUACCGUCGUCCACCAGAGCUCAUUGCUAUGGUUUCGUCUCGUCACCCCCCGCUUCCCAAGACUUUCGUGGAAGCGAUGGCCUCUCCUGAGGCCAAACACUGGAUGGCCGCUUCUGAGAAGGAGUUGGGCUCAUUCAAAUUGCACAAGGUCUUCAAGCUUACGAGGCUACCCACCGGGGCUCGCGCCCUGGGCUAUCGUUGGGUGUUCACUCGGAAGGAAGACGCUGAAGGCAACAUCAUCAGCUACAAGGCUCGUCUCGUCAUCCAAGGCUUUGCUCAACGACUUGGGAUUGACUACAACGAGAUGUUUGCUCCUGUCUCGUCGAUCGCGACGAUCUUGUUUCUCAUCGCGAUUUCUGCCGCUCUCGGACUCGUCCUCGAACAGUUCGACUAUGAUUCUGCGUUUCUCAACGGAAUCAUGGAGGAGGAUGUCUACAUGAAGGUUCCUGAGGGAUGGACUGGUGGUUCUCAGCCCGGUCACGCUCUCAAGCUCCUGAAAUCCAUGUAUGGCACCAAGCAAGCUCCUCGGCAAUGGAACGCGGCUCUCCACAAGCUGAUGACGGAGCGCGGCUAUACGCGCUCAAAUGUCGAUGCUUGUCUGUACUUCAAGUAUCAUGGCAAGUCGUUUGCGAUCAUCACAUUUUAUGUUGAUGAUGGGCUUGCUGCAUCGAACGACCAGGCUUUUCUGGACUCCGAGAUUUCGGCUUUCGAUGCGGUCUACAAGCUCAAGCGACUUGGCCCGGUCAAGACGUUCCUCGGUCUCGAGUUUGUUCGAACCAAGGAUUUCAUCUUCGUCCACCAAUCGAAGUACAUUCGAGGCUUACUCGAACACUAUACUUUCGAAAACAAGUCGAAGAAGCCGGUCGCGACUCCCAUGGAGGAUCGCGUCAUCUCGUCUUCUACCGCACCGUUCUCCGACAUCCUCGUAUAUCAAUCGGCUGUGGGAGCUUUACAAUACGCUGCGCAACGUGUUCGUCCCGAUAUCGCGACUUCUGUUCGUGCGGUGGCGAAGUGCGUGGCUGCUCCAACCGAAGGGGACUGGAUCUGCGUCAAGCGAAUCUUUCGCUAUCUUUCUGACACCGUCGACUAUGGGCUACUCUACCGCGUAGGCGGUUCUACCAAGUUCGAGGUGUACAGUGACGCGUCGUUUGGUUGCGAUCACAACAACGGCAGAUCUGUGGGAGCGUAUGCCGUUAUCAUGGCUGGCGCUGCCAUCUCCUGGAAGUCGAAACAACAGACGAUGGUCGCUUCUUCUACAGCAGAGUCUGAGACUCUGGCUGCUUCAACCGCAGCAAAGGAGGCUAUCGGUCUUCGCAACCUGGCGUCCGAACUUCGCAUCAAUCAAGGUCGAUCUACUGUUCUGCACGAGGACAACCAACCUUGCAUCGAUUUGGCGAAGAAUCCUGGAGCUCGAGGUCGUACUCGCCAUUGGAAUGUGCAUCAUUUCUAUCUACGCGAACGAAUCGAGGUUGGCGAUAUCGAUCUCCGCUACUGUCCGACCGAUCUGAACACGGCCGACAUCUUGACAAAACCCCUAUCCAAGCUCAAGUUCUCUACGCAUCGCGAAGGACUCGGGAUGGUCUCGCUGGCUACCUUGGCAUGUGGGAGUGUUAAUUGAUAUGUGUCUGUGCCUGUGGUAUCUGCGCGGAUGUGCGUGCGUUUAGUCAUUAGUCACUUUGGUAUUGGAGUUUGAUCUGUUUAAGUUAGGGAGCGCGCGGGGCUUUCUUCCCGCGCGGCUGUUUACUCUUGGUAGCUUUCUCAUCACUCGCUCUACAUUGUGGUCCUGACUUCUCGGCGUCGUGCACCCUCACCUAUCGGAAGGUUAG